AUGAAAACAUUUACUUUAUAUUUAAAAAUUUUUACAUUUUUUUUAAUUUGGAUAUUUCAUUGUUUUUACAAUUACGAUUUCAGUAGCUGUUUUUUUUAUAAAGAUACGCUACAAAUGAAAAACAGAUUAAAAGAUGAAAGAAUGUUGACAGAGGGUGGAAUAUUGGAAAAAAAACAAACUUGUAUUAAGAAAAGUUUAGAACAUUAUCCAUCUAGUGAAGGGGAGUUUAACAUUCGAGAGUUUGUUUAUUUAAUGGACAUGUUUAUUAAAUGUUAUAGCAAUAUUAUUCUAUCAAGGUCUCAAGAACAUGUUUUAUUUAAAGAAGAAAAUGAAAUGAGAUAUAAAUGUAGAGAUAAAAUAUUGAAUGCUUAUAGAAAUAAUAUUAUUGAAGAUGAGCUUACAGCGUUAUUUAACUGA